AUGGAAACCUGGUUCUGGAUUCUUGGCUGGUCUCUUUCCAUCGUAACCAUAGCUGGAAAUGGAUUUAUCAUCUUCCUUGUUUGCAGACGGCGGCGGCUUCGAACUAAAAGCAACACGUUUGUCGUUUCACUUGCUGUGGCGGAUUUCUGUGUUGGGCUGAGUGCUGUUCCCUCACUUUUUGUCUGCGAGAAGACAACUGGAUGCGAUCCUGAAGCCCCUUUUGCCGACAGGGUGGAUUAUCUUAGGUGGCUGUUUACGUACGCGUCUGUAACAAACUUAUGUAGUUUAGUCCUGGAUCGCUACAUUGCUGUUGUGAAUCCUCUCAAAUACUUAUUGUUCAUGACGCGCAAACGUGUUUCUCAGUUGAUUUUUCUUUCUUGGAUACUGUCAAUUCUUGUUGUUUGUCUCGAUGUUCUAGCGUGGCUCGUUUUUAACGACAGUAUUUCUGUUUUCUUAGUUAAUACUUGGAUAUUAAUGAUUUUAGAGAUCCUGUCGUGCUGCAGUCUUAUUUUUUUCUUUGGUUCAAUGUUACAUGUUGUUUAUAAACACGAACGAGCCGCCCGUAUCUUAGCGAAACAACUCCGCUUCAAUCAUCGAUAUUUUCGCAAAAACGAGGAGAAGUCCGCUGUGAAAUUGAUGGUCAUUGUUAUUGGCCUGUUUCUUGUUUGCUGUGCAUGCUCUCUGCGAUGUAGUCUUGUAUACAUAAUGAAAGACGAACAACCAUGUAAUGAUAAAAGAUUCAAAUUGCCUCUGUUAGUUUUAAACUCUGCCAUCAACCCAGUUGUUUACGCUUUCUUCAAGAGGGACAUAAAAGAGGAAGUAGAACAAUGCAUUUGCUGUGUGAUCUGGAAGAAGAGAAACAACAUUGAACCACUUAAUGGCUCAAGACUUUUCCCAAAUUAA